AUGCCGUACUCCAACGAGCAGCUCAUCCUCUUCUACUACCCCAACACCAUCGGCUCCCGAAAGAUGUUGCUGGUGUUGUACACGAGGGGAAUCAGCUUCAUGCCCCGAGUCAUGGAUGUUCCGAACGGCGAGCAGAUGGAGCCCUGGUUUCUCGAUAUGAGCCCCUUGGGAGAACUGCCCGUGCUCAAACAUGGUGACAGUGUCUUCACCGACGUUCACCAGAUGAUGGUGUAUAUCGACCAAGUAUUUCCGUCCACAGAUCCGGUAGGGAAACUGUUCCCCGACAAAGGGACAGACCUUGGUGAUUUGGUGGAAAGCGUAGUCAGGGACCUUGGAAAAAUCAACAUCCCGUUGAUCGUGUACGGCACGCUGUUUCACCCCGAAAUGGCCGUCUCUUCGGGCAUGACCGACGAUGAGCAGAAGAAGAAGGCCGUGGUUUCUCCCUCACCACGGGACGAAGUGGGAGUGCCUCUUCCAUCUUUUCUGGGUCAGGAAGAAGGUGGUGUUUCACCUUCCCCUUUUGGGGGCGGAGCACUGGUUAAACAAGGCAAGGCACAGAUACUCGAGCUGAUGGAGCGUAACCCGGACUACUUGAACUCGUACCUGGAAAAGCAGCACGCCUACGACGCCUUCUUGAGCCUCGCUCAGUCAGAGAAUGCCGUCAACAAGGAGCUUGAGGAAGUCGAGAAAACCAUGGACAACAUGGAGGCCUUGCUCAACUCCAGGAAGGUCUCCGGCACUACCACGCCUGAUACAGCACAGAUGUGGAUGUUUUCUAUAUAUGUGUCAGCAGCUGACAUCCAUCUCAUGGUACUACUACAUGCUGUCUACAAGGCAGGCCUGUGGGAUCGUUACUUCGAGAAGACACAGAAGAAGCACAAAAACCUGACGAGAUACUUCAAGAGAAUGAAGCACGAUCCGCUCAUCAGCAAAGCACUCCCGGGGCUUAUUAAGUAG